AUGUCCUCCCAGCCCAUUCGCGUCGGUUUGAUCGGCCUAAACAAAAGCGACUGCUGGGCAGUGAAUGCUCACCUCCCAUAUCUCAAAGAUACUUCCAGAUAUCGCAUCGUAGCCCUCCUCAACAGCUCUGAAGACGCUGCUCGAGCAGCCAUCUCAUCUCAUGGACUCUCAUCCGACACUAGAGCGUACGGCUCACCGGAGAAAUUCGCAGAAGACAACGACAUCGAGUUGGUAGUUUGCAGCGUCCGAGUAGAUCGGCACUAUCCUAUCCUCAAGCCGAUUCUCGAAAAGACGACAGCAAAAGCCGUGCAUUGCGAAUGGCCGCUUGGGAAGAACCUCGCUGAGGCUGAAGAGCUCACCAAGCUUGCAAAGAGCAAAGGCAUGAAGACAAUCCUAGGCCUGCAAGGUCGCAAGGCGCCUACAGGUAUACUGGUCAAGGAAUUGAUCCAACAAGGCAAGAUUGGGAAGCCCUUGAGUAUCACCAUCACGGCUAUUGGAUACAAUUUCGGAGCGGCCGACUUUGAGGCGCUGUCUUAUCUGAGUGACAUUUCCAUCGGCGGGAACAUGGUGACUAUACACUUUUCACAUAUCUUGGACACCGUCACGCAGGCCGUUGGGGAGUUGUCGUCUUAUUCGGUUGUGCUGGAUACGAUGCGGGACAAGACAAUGUUGCGGAAUAAGCCGUUUACUUACGUCCAGAAGAGUGAGAGUGAUGAGCCUGUCAAGAUUGUGGGUGAGGUUCCGAGGACAUCUCACGACCAGAUUGCGAUCCAAGGUCAUCUUGAGAAUGGAGCCGUGUUCUCUUUUCAUAUGCGAGGCGGCCAUCCGUAUCCCAACACUGCUGGUUUGGAUUGGCGUGUCUAUGGGGAGACAGGGGAGAUUCGGGUUACGGCUCCUUCUGCAAAUCUUCACUUUGGUGGGCCUGGACAUAGUGUUCAGGUGCACAAUCAUGAGACGAAUUCAGUGGAGGAGGUUAAUAUUCCACAGGACAGUUGGGAUGAGAAGAAACUUCCGUUCACAGCCCGAGCACCGGCGAGAGUGUAUGAGGCGUUUGCAGAUGGGAAAGAGCAUGAAUAUGCUACGUGGGACGAUGCUGUUCAGAGGCAUCGUUUGGUUGAGGAACUUUACGACAGAUCAAAGAAUGGGAGUACUGAGAAGAAGGCAGAGUACACAUCUAGACUUUAG